GGCGCGCGGCCUGCCGUCGCGGUCGGUCGCCCCUCGCCAUGCCAUAGUCAAUCCACGCUUCUCUUUCCUCCUUCUCUCCUAGUAACUAAUACGUAUCAUGCAUUCUCUAUUGUAAAAUUGGUGCUCAAAUAACAUAUAUUUUUAUAUACGGACGUUAUGGAGAGUUGUUGAUAGGUUUAAAUUAUAUAUUUUGGUAUAGAAGUGAUAACGCCAAGAUGAAUUUCAUCGGCGCGGUCGGCGGCGACGGGGAUGACAGCGACGACAAGGAGAAGGAGGAGGAGGCGGAACGCGAACGACAGGAGGCCAUCCGCGAGGCGGAGGAGCGACGCAAGGAGAAACACCGCAAGAUGGAGGAGGAGAGAGAGAAGAUGCGCCAGGAGAUAAGGGAUAAGUACAAAAUUCCCAAGAAAGAGGAGGUGGUGGAACAGCAGCAGCAGGAGCCUGACAACCCCCUCAUGAGGAAGAAGAAGACGCCCGAGGAGCUCGCGGCCGAGGCGGAGCUAGAAGACCAGGAUGAAUUUACUAAAUUGAAAAACACCAUCGAAACGCAAGUUAACGAACUAAAAUCGCAGAUCGAGAGUAAGUGCGUGAUGCAGUGAGCGCGCAGCGCUGGCGCCGGCGACAAGAUGGCUGCCGUCGUAAAAUGGCCGCCACCACAAAAUGGCCGCCGCAUGGCGCCACGUUUAUUAUUAUAUUAACCGAAUACAUGAUGUAGCUGUGCUAAGGUCACUGUUACGAUGUUUCACCCAAACACAUCUCCCUCCCGCCCAGGACGAUUUCGUUCGGAUAAUCAUUCGCGCUCAAAUUCGUAGGAGAGAUUCGAAUUCUAAAUUUUUUCGGAACGUAGUUGGCUAGAGGCGCGUUGGUGCUUGAUAAUAAGCAAUAAUAUUUUUAUACAUUCAUAAAAGUUAAUGUGAGCCCUCGAUCAACCGAUAUGUACGUAAAGCGCGUUCCAGCAAGGUCAAAAAGUCAUUGCCGCAGCGGCGCUCGUGCGUAAGCGUGCGUGCCGUGCGUGAUCCGUGCGUGCGUGACCCGUGCGUGCGUGCGCGUGCACGCACCGCGUCGCGGCGGCUCGUGUGAAAUGUGAAACAUACCAGUUUUAUAUGUUGACGCUUGUGAUAUAUUGUUAUUUAAGUGUAAAGAGGAAAUAAUAUAAAUACAACUAGACGAAACGGUGUAUUAUUAUUAAAGAGGGAAAUAUGUAAUAUAGGAAGACUUAGCACGCGUGUAGUUGUUUCAAUACUCGACUGUGUUUACGAUACUUCUCUCUCUCUCUGCCAGCGGCUACAUUGAAAUAACAAUGUAUUAGGUCUUUACGAAUAUUUGUUUCAUCCAAAUUCCCCGGCCUCGGCCGGUCCGCUCCUUCGCGACUUCAACUAUUGCCUCGACUUUCUUGCAUGCGUGCUUUUGCAGUGUUACUCGGUGUUGUGUCUGUGUAUUCAGUUUAGGUGUACCUGUAACCGACCUAGCCUUAUUGUCCACAUCGAACAUAUAAUAGGAACCGCGCGGAUCGCCGCCCUUGUCCAUUUUGUUCUGCAUGCUUUUAAUAUAAGAUCGAUGUUCGUUUAGAGUAAUGUAAAAUUGUAGAUAUCAGAGACCCACACAUCGCGUUUACGUUCACGCACGCGACGGUCGAAUCUAAUGUUUUAUCGAUGUUUUAAUGCUUAGGGAUAUAAUGUUACGUAGUGAGAGCGAAUUCUUCGAGCGAUCUUGCCCUUUGGUGCGACAGUUAGAACACUUAACGGCGAAGUAGGACCGAGAAGGACACAGAGCCGGUUGUUCGGAUAAUUAUCUCCACGUAUAACGCUGCAAAUGCAAAAGAUUUGUUAUCGUCAAAAGCUGUGAUAUAUAAAUAAUAAACAAACGCUAGGCCGGCGCCGAGCGAAACACUUGUCUGGUAAUAGCUUCUUCGACUAUCACGCAUACCGGUCUCUCUUCUAGGACUGUGAUCUCUUCGCAUUCGAUCAGCACAUCAUGUAUUUCCACUAAAACAGCGUUCAUCCGUUCUGUAACAUCACGCUUUAGAUCUAAACUAUCAUUUCUUUCUACUUCCUUUCUGCGUUUCCUUUAAGUACCUAUCUAUACUGUAUUCUGGUCAAUUAUAUCCUACCUUCAAUAUCUAUUGCGAAAUCAGAAAUACUAUUCAAUAUACACACACAUGUAAAUAUUAAAAUACAACAAUAAUUUCUGAUUGUUUAUGAGAAUGCUACUCUAUUUUCUGAUGUAUAAGAAUCAAUAUUUUCUCGCACUCUACUGCACACAUAUGUAUAUUUUCAUAGCUUGUUUCGAUAGGACCUAAUUUCGAGCACGCAUAGCCAUAGCUCUUGCAACAUAAACAUGAAACCACUAUUAUGUCCCGAUACAUUUAUCUCUCGGACAACUGAUGGGCAUCGCAUCUCUGAGCUCCCGUCCAUUCUUGCAAACAUCACUCUCUUAAAACUAAGGUACCUAUAUCUUUGUAUUUCACGUUGUAUGUGUGACUAGCUUAGGUUUAUCAUCAGACGUCGGAUUUUAGGGAGCAAAAUUAAAUGACAGGUAAGGAGCAGCUAUAUCGACAAUCUUAAAUGUCGAUGCUUUUAUGAACUCCCUGCGUGUCAUUUAAUUUUGCCCUCUAAAAUCCAAUGUCUGUUUAUCAUAUUACAACAAAUAGUUCUAUGUAUGUGCAUGGCAAUCAUAGUUAAAGGUUGUUUGUAGUUCGGAAUAAACAAUAAUAGAUAUAAGAUUCAGUCGGACCUGUCGAUUUUGAUAUCAUUUUGACACGACCAAUGUUCCAAAGUUCACCUCUGAGCUCUCCUUGUAUCUUAAUGUUAGUUGCCACUUCUAUAUCCAGAAGCUAUCGAGUAUAUAUACCUAUAUAUAUAUAAUUCCCUUGUCUGUGCGUCUAUCUUCGAUCUAAUAGUAGGUAGUUUCUAGCCUGUGCUCUUCGUUGUUGAUUCCCGUUUAAAGUAGUAAUAGUGCUAGCAGGAGGAUUAUUUUGGUACGUAGAUACUUGACUAUCGCUACUGUCACUAAUGUAAAACUAUAAAAAACAAAUCAAAUUAUUUUCAAUUUUGAUUUGUGCUGUUUUAAUGUAGAAUCAUUCAAGAUUGCAUAUGCUGAGGAAAUUGGGACGGAUGACCUGAAUGGCCCAGGGGUUAUUAUGGAUACUAACGAUGAAAUGUUACUAGUUAGAUACUAGCCUUGCUUAGUGGGACCACGCUAAGUUUGCCUGCCAAGUGCUAAGUAUUUUAUUGCCAAGUCCGUGCAAAGUUAUCAUGGUUGGUGUUUAGGAGGCCUAGGUCACUUUCUUUAGUAUAUGCCAUCUAUUUCAGUUUAUAAUAAAAACUAGGUCUGACGCGACUUGCAUGAAGAAAAUAGUUAAGUGUGAGCUCUUGACGUGUGAAUCAGUGUCGUUCUCUCUUCAAUUCGUCUUUUAUUUUCUCUUUUUAUUAUAUAACAUUAUUAUAUUGGACAUAUUAAAACCGGUCACUCACGUAAGUUGCUCGACAUAUUUCGCACCGUAACGAGGAGCUUCUUCAACGACCCGAUGCACGCGCCGAGAGCUGCAGCUCGCAGUCUGCGUCGGUCCGCCAACGCGUGCUGCCGUUAAAAAAGCUCCUUGGAGCGCAACAUUUUGAGCAAUUAAUAAUAAUAACUUAACAUACGUGAGCGCGUUUUAAUAUAUCUAAUAUUAACUGUGUCUGACGAAAGUUUUGUUAAAAUAAAUUAUUAUAUUUAACGCUGCGGCUAUCUGUGUGUCUGUAUUAAGCUUUCGAUGUUCAAUGUAUAGUUUAUUGUAAUUAGAUUAUAUGCUUAACUGCGCAUAUUGUAAUGGAAUUUGGGUGAUAUCAAAUGGUUGUUGCAUUACAAGUACAAUACCUACGAGGUACCAAGUUAUUACCUAAGGUUGCAGCGGCGAGGUUAUAUAUAGAACCAGGACCAACCUGGCCCAAGAUACUAUACUGUACAUCACUGCAUCGAACAUUGUCUUUCCCACUGUCUUUCAAUUGGUAGUAAAUAAAAACUUACAUACAGAUGAUUGCACACUCACAGAUAAAACUAUUACCGACUCUUUUCUUUUAUAUUAAAAAAAUAUAGUGCAUUUAUAAAGAGGUUUAUACAAGGUAGAUGUGUAGUUUAGUAAUAAUUGUACGUUAUUUAUAUAAAAAAAAAAAAACAAAUUCCUUUUCACGCAUUUAGCUACAUUUAAGGCCCACACGGAUUUUGACCAACUAUAGAUUUUCUCGGCGAUCAGUUGAUGUAAAUAGAUUGAUUGAUCUUAUGACUUUCGUACUCAGGGUAAAAUAUAUAUUUACUAUGAAUAAUUAUUGUUGUCUAUUUAUAUAUGUUUUUUUAGAUGAUUUAGGUGGGAGUGACUUUUUGGCCUGCACAGGCUUCCUGUCCUUAAAAGUGAUAGUUUUUCUUGAAUUUAUUAAUGUUCCUUGCCCUGUGUAGGGUGAAUCUUUCACUGUUGUUCUUUCCUUAGAGGAGUUAUGAAAUGGUAGACUUAUACAAUUUAAUACAAACCUUGUUAACAAUUUAUUGAUAAAUGAACAUAUAGUUGGAGUAGAUUAGGGUCUGCCACGGGUAUAGACACAUUUUUAACAUUUCACUGUUACUUCGUAUACCCUGCCCAUCGUAUUAAAGCCAAAGACCUUAUUUCAACAUAAAAAAACUAUUUUAAAUGGCUGACUACUUUGGACGGGGUAUAUUUUUAUAUUUUAGCGUGUUUUCCUUCGUAGUCCUCUAUCUCAACACACUCUAGUUAAAAUGUUACAAAUGUGUCACCUCUUUGAACACUUAGGAUCUGGUUGUUUAAUCAUUUGAAAAACACGUCUAUAUACCAUAGACCAAAGACUAUUCAAAUGAAGACUCAAUCGGCAGCAUUCUGCGUGUCUGAGAACUGUAAUUUCUCCUCUAACGUACGUCUUUACUAGCAUAAAAUAAGUGUUCCUUUUAUAAAAUGAUUCAUUACUUUUUUAAUCAAUUAUGGCCUGGAUGCGAGUCCUUUAAGCCAAGUCUUUAUUUUGAAUGAAUUAAAUAAAAGGGACACAUUUAUGUCAAUAAAUGCUAACGCUAAAGGAACGGAAUGCAAUCCUGGACACCAUAGACAAAUAGUAAUAGAUGAAUUUAGAGACAACGACACAAUCGAACACACACGAGAGCUUCGACACACGCCAAUAUUACUUUAUCAUAGAUAUAUAUUACGUUAUAUGUUCUGACGUUACUCGCAGUAUAGAGAGAAUUUUUAAAAGCAAAGAACUGACUGUAAAAGUGCCACACACACGCGCUUGUUUCUUUUAUUCUCUAUAUUGUUUUUUUUUUUCAGGUCUUAAAAUGAGGCACAGGGAAAUGGAAGGAUGGAUUAAACUGCCACAGCGAAAGCUGGUUAAUACGCUCUGUAGGGCUGAGAUGGUCGGCUCUUUAUCAUUUGUCACCAUGCCUGUCCCGUUCUAACAAAUAUGUAAGUGUGAAAGUGACGCAUGGCAUGACAGGUGAUAAAAAUGCGACCAUGAUACCGCUUCUAUAUAGCUAAAUUUUGUCCGUCUGUUUCCCUAUGCGCUUGUUGUUUUUAGAAUAGUUAUUAUUGGCCAAGAUCACUGAUAGAAGGUUAGUUUUUAAUAUUAGUGACAACUAGUGUUAAAUCGCAAGUUAACCGUAACAAAAAAAAGUGUAAAGACAAAAAAAAUCUUUGAUCGACCACUGCGUGUGGUCUGGCAUGUUGUAUUGUUAUUAAAACGAUUAACGGAGGUUAGUAGUUUAUCCACGAUUACAUUUAACUUAGAGUUAUGGAAAAACGAAAAAAGGGGUUAAUAAUAUUGUUGAAAAUGUUUUUAGGUAAUUGAUAAUUGGAUUGAGCUUUUGUGAAACCGCGUUGUUGAGAAUAAUUUAGGUUUCGUUUGCAGUUGGCUGUACAAACUGCCAAUCGAUAAUCGUCUCUAUCGUUAAAGGGAUACGGUUUAGUUUCACGGUUCACGUAGUGUAGGCUUCGCCUUUUUGUGUCCCAUGCUGUUAUGUUUCGGAGGUCCCAUUAUUAGUUAUGUAUAAAGUUUAGAGGUAGGGGUUUUCAGCUGCCGCGGGUGAGUUUGAAAAUGUUCUACCUAACAUGUUGUUAAAUAAUAAAUAACUACAUUGUACCACCA